AAACGACAAAUGUAGAAAUGUUAUCACGGCGGGGCAGAAUUAUAUGGACAAAUACAAUCUUUGGGGGGAGGGGAGACUAUAUGCUGUAACUGCAUUUACAUCAAACCUACGAUGCAUCAAAAAAGCUUCUUCACGGUAUCUCACUGGAUGCAUAUCAAUGCUAAAAUAGAGGAUGGCUUAAGCAUGCAUCAGGCGCAAGGUGAUGAUGCGAGCUACUGUUGCAUGAUUUGACAGCAUUGUAUGUCUUCGAUAAAGUUCAUUUAAGAUGGCCAGCGUAGCUCCAUACUUCGAAACACACGUCUGGUAUACAUCAAACGACAGUCUGACCUAUUUUUAUCACUAGAGCUUAUAUAACUUAAAUUGUGCCCUGGUGACAGAUUGUUGCCCUGGCUGUCUAAAGCUGCUUAUAAUAUCUUAGAAGAUAAACAUUUUGCUGAACUAGUUGCACACUCCUCACUACAACGCAGUUCGUGUGACUUUCUGCUAACGUUAUAGGCGACAGUAUGCUUCCGUGAGAGGUGCGUGGCCAGCGUCCUGCCCCAGCCCUGCCCAGCCAUGGACGCCUGUGCCCGAAUCAGAGGGGUCCCACUGAAGACACGUGCCUCCAUUAGGAAAGAGACCAUCCAGGAGAGCUCCACACUCAGUCUGAAGAACCUUGUGAAGAGCAGAAAACAGCUGUGUAAUGUGGUGCUGGACCUGCCGAUCAGAGAGACGGUGUCUGUAACUGAGAUUCAUUUUGUGUGUUUACCCAGUCAUUCUCUUGGAGACAGUGCCACACUACAGGCUGUGGCAGCUGCCCCAGGUGAUGUGAUUGAGCUGCUCAGAUCACUACAUGUCCCCAGCCUGAGAGACGAAGAGCUGCUGCUGCUCAAAGACUCUAAGAAUCUCCUGGAGAAAAAAGACAGUAGUUCACAGAAUGGUUGGUUGAAAGCCAUCUGUAUACUGCGGUUCUCCCACACUCCUCAGAAUAGUGUCAACACUACACUGGGUCUACUGGCCAGGUACACUGCCGGUGUGAAGUACGCCAUAGAGCUGCAGUCUGUACAGAAGGCUGCACCUGACACCUGCCAAUCCGAAGACGAUGAUACCAACCAGUCGGUCUCCUCCAUCGAGGAUGACUUUGUCACUGCUUUUGAGCACUUGGAGGAAGAUGAGACCACAGAUUACCCAUCUUCUGGUCCCUACUGUCAACAUAACCGGCGUGACGUGGCCUCUCAGACUGUCCCCUCCCACCGCAAAGACAAGUCGGGUUCACGGGUCAUCAUCCGCUCUCUCUCCAAGAAGGCCUCAGCCAAAAAGACAACCCCUCCUGAAGUAUCGGUUUCUGUACAGAGCUCGGCAGUAGGAUGGUCCACAGGUUCAGGGAGCCAGUGGAGCUUCUACACACCAAGCAGUCCUGAGAAAGGCCGUCUCACCUCCACCUCCCUUACGGAGUCUGACGAGUCCAAUUGCUCGAGUCCUAGCCCCAUUAUCUUCUUGGAUGAAGUAGGUUAUCAAAAAAGUCUGAGAGCAAAGCUCGACAUUCCUAAAAUCCCUGUCCUCAAGGAUGGGGUAGAAGACUCGGAUUCAGAAGUGAGUGAGUUUUUCGAUAGUUUUGACCAGUUUGAUGACCUGGAACAAGUUCUGGAGAACACCUCCAAGGCUAAGUUGCACAAGGAUAUAACGCCUACUGGCCAGACGCAUAAAAAGAAGCUUUCAGAGGACCGAGGCUCAAAAUAUGUAUCCAGAGGCAGUUCAGCUAAAGCUAUGAAUCCACAGAAAUUUGACCAUCCAGUCCUCCCCGCCAACAUAAGGAAACCCACUCCACUAAAACCAGGAUUGGCAAGCGGUACCCACUCUGAAGUCCCUGAUUCCCCGCGGCAAGUGCGAGCCUCUGGUGAGGAGAAUGGAGCUCUCUUCAGUCCGGUCAGAUCGUCUGCUUUUAGCCCUCUAGGAGAGGGUGGUUCUUUGGAGUGUUUUUGGAAGGCAGACGGAGAUACCACAGAACUGCGCAAGCCUCAGGACCUCUGUGCGCUGUAUAAGACGUAUUCGGAUUUUGCAAGCAGUAUGUCGAAGGAAAUCCUUGCCUCAGUCUGUGGGUACUCAUCGCCUGUUGACAUGAACAUCAACAAGAACCUGAGUUGCGUUUGUCAUAAAGAAUUUCAGAACGUCAGUGGCCACCUCAUGAAACUUUCUGACAUACAGGAGACAGUUACGAUAUCCAAAUCACAGAAAUCGCAAACACUGACAGAUGGAAUACAGAAGUUUGCUACGGACUUGGUGGAAAGGAGCCUAGGGAGUGCCUUCCGAGAUCUACAGAAAGGGGUGUCCUCUUGCACUACUACACUUUGCCAUCUAGCUGCAAGGUUAACUUCCUCAGUGUUUCAAAUGGCCUUUCAUGAGAUAGGCAUGAGGCGUGCAUAUGUUUUAAAAGAACGUGCAGUAAAUGGUUUAGCUGGCUUCUUAGUCGGGGAAGCCAUGUCUGAGGCACUGAAAGAGUUCUGCAUUGUGAGGAAGCAAAUCUUCAACAACACUGUUGCCCAGUUUGCGGCAGACCUUGCAGAGGAGCUGGUCUUCGAAGGGAUCAUGGAGGUCUGCCAGUUCUCAUACCCGUCCACACCCUCGACUUCAUGUGACUGGUCUUUUGAGCAAGAGGAAGAGGUUGUUUCAUCGUAUGCCUCGGACCUCUCAGAAUCUGUACUCCAGGAGGCAUUCAUUGAGCUGUCUCAAGCGGAGGUUACCUUCACAACACAGGCGGCCAUUAGCGUGUCUCUGGACAACAUACAUUAUGUCAGCGCUGAGGAUUCCAAUCCGUCUACAAUGACAUGUGAUGCUGCUACAAAUUACUUGGAAUUGCCAGGCACAUCUGAACUGGCCGGUGCACCGGAAAACCGGUGCACCAUGAGAAAAGCUUUGUACUGCAUGUCUGGAGUUGCCAGUUGUGUGCCAGUACCUGUGGCAGGGAAAGGCAUUUCCCAGUUUCAGAAUCCAGCAGAUGUUUGUCAUUUUAAAUCCAGUGUUAGCCACACCUCACAAACUAGUCCCAAGAAAAGCAACUGCUCUGAACUGGGAGUAGUGACAACAUCAGCACUGGACAAAUCCACAGCAACUCAGACAGACUUGCUGCUGGCUACUGCGCAAGGCAAUAGGGCAAAUGGUGAAAUGCGUGCCAAUGAUGAAGAAACAGUCUUUGCUAACGAUGAGAAUGUUUAUGAAGCUACAUCAUCCAGGAAGAGUAAUUUUCAGAACUUCUCUGGAAACAUGGUCGACUUGAUUGUGAAUGAAGCAUAUGACCUCAUGGCCACUUCCAAAGUGAAGAAGACAGUGGGGGACUGUGCUGACUAUUUGAGCAAGAAAAUAGGAAGUUGCAUGCCCUCAUCACGGCAGGUUGAGUCUCAGGAUCUCGUCAAUGAAGGUAUAGUGAAGUCUGCCACCACGCAUACAGCUGUACAAGGAAAUACUGACACCUCAGCCCCCGGAAAUGAAUGUCUUCUAAGUGACAGUGUAGAGAAAGUGGAUCUAAGGACAGUACUUGAGAAGAAUACUUCUGGUGUAUACGUUAUGCUGGAUGAACACAGUUCAGUAUCAGACAAGCUAACAGAUGCUGCCUACCUGCAGGAGAAAGAUAGUGUUACUGAUCAGAGCUCCCACUUUCCCUCACAGCCUUCCUGUAAUAAAGAUGCUCGUGAGAAUGUAUGGCAGUUAAGAGAUGCAGCGCUUGAGACGCGUCCUUCAUCAGUGAAGGAUACUUUGGAAGUGCCAGAUAUCCAAAUGGCAGGGCGAGGUGACAGGAAAACGGUUCCAGAAGAGGCACUCAGUAGCACCGGGAGAAAAUGGAGUGGAACUCCAGGCACUCCUCCAUCCACCCCACUGCAGCAGCCUCCGCCUAUGUCUCAGGAGAAACAAAUCAAGCAGUUCUCAAAGAAGCUGAAAGGGAAGCUUGCAAAGGAAUUUUCUCCAGCUACGCCGCCAUCUACCCCACAGUACCAGCCUCCCGCUGGACCCCUUGAAGCUGGAGCUGACUCGGAGAAGAAAGACUUCAUGCUGAAGCUUAUGAGGUCCCUUUCAGAGGAAGCAUGUAGGAAUGAGGAUGAGGAAUACGGAAGAGAUGGUAGGGGCCAAUCCAGAAUUCGGGCUGGAGACUGCCGGCCAGAGCAAAACCUUCCUGUAGAAAGCGACUAUAAAAUCAUGCAGAAGGGAGCUCUUCGGUAUGCAGAGCGCCUUGCUUUCCACAUUGUUUCUAUGGCUACUGAAAUGGACACCUUGAGUUUGGAAGAAGGGGGGAAGUUGAAUGACAAGGAAGGUAAAGCCAACCUCCCUGUGCACAGUGCUCGGUUCUCACAAGAAACCUUAAAUUCUUUAUGGACCUAUGCCGGGGAAAUAGCAGGGGAGGUCAUCAAUGAUGUAAAGAAGAUGAUGACGACUUCUACUCAGCAUGGACGCAAAGCCUGGAAGGAUAGCCAAGAUGACUCUGCUGAAAGUCACUCACAGGUGGACCACAGAGAAUGUAGAUUAAAUAACAUAGCUGACCAGUGGUCCAGCGAUCUUGUCACUUCAGUUCUCAACCUCCAGGGUUCCGGGUCAAGUGGGCUGUCAUCCAAGUUCCCUAGUUGUGAAAGUGUGACUGAUGAAUAUGCCGGGUACCUCAUCAGGGUUCUGAAGAGGGAAGGGGGCAGCAGGGAGCUCAUUUUGGAUCAGUACGCCAGCCGACUUGCUUAUAGAUCUGUUAAGUCGGGACUAGCACACGCCACAAGGAAGCUCAAGCAGAAGUCCAGUCCGAGGCUUCAGUCUUUCAAGAGAUUUCAUCAUGACGGCACCAGUGAGGUCUGGAGAAGACCAGCUCUGGAGACACCCUUUACAGACACACAGGCUGACCAGUGUACAUGUCAGAAGGCCAGAGAUGUAAGCAGUGGGGAAUAUAUUGAACUUGUUAACUUUGCAGAGUCUUUGGCUUACAACAUCACAUGUGAUGUGACAAGAAAGCUCAGACUGUCCUCUGUUCGUAUGCCCAAAUCGCUAACUGAUUCCUGCCUGUACAAAAAGGCCAAGCCAGGAGAUGUGCCAGAUAGGCUUAUCAAAACCUCAUGUUCAUGUUCCUUCCUGCCUUAUAUGGAGAAAUACAAACAAUAUCACAGCACCGGCAGUUUGAAUGAUGGGACUUAUAGCGAUAGUGUCGUGCAAGUCAUUGAACGCUAUGCCAGGAAGAUUGUUGACGAUACUUUAGAGGUGACACUGGCAACGGCAGGCCAUCCUGUUUUAGAGGACAGGAUAAGGAUGAGCAGAAAUUUGUACGCCGAAAGAGCCUGUCGCUACUGUACUGUCAGGGAGCGUCCGUUUUUAAGCAGCGUGGGCCGGCAUUACUUCCAGGAAGUUCACAGGAAAAGAGGGCGGGGCUGUGAAGUGUCGACUGUAAGCUGCUGUAGCCAGGCAAGGUCUUGCAGUCUUGAAAUUCCAAAGAUUCACAUUGACUUGGAUAAGAGGGAGGUGUUUGCCGAAGAAGUGGUGUCCUCUGCGAUUGAGAAAGCGAAGAGGGAGCUGAGCAGCACUAGCCUGAAUGCGGACAGUGGGAUUGGGCAUGAUGGCGCAAGCUUUGCUGAGAGCCUAACCACAGAUAUAAUGGCAUCUGCUAUAUCGAACAUUUGCCGGGCCGUCAGCGUCAGCCCGCCUGGGAGGGAGCGGACAAACACGUCCGAGUCUGCGGUGAGCCAGCAGCUGAGCGCAGGGGAGGACAGCAUCGGCAGCUGGUCCAACCUGAGCUUUGAGGACGAGCACCCGGAUGAAAGCAGCAGCUUUUUACAUCUGAGCGACAGUAAUGGGAACAGCAGUAGCUGGAGCAGUCUGGGGUUAGAGGGGGAGGUUUGUGAGGAUCCCUUAUCACUCUCCCCAUCUGACAGCAAUGGCACAGAGGACAAAGAGCUGGAGGCCAAGGCGCACCUAGAUGGGCCUCCCCGUGUGGAGACCAGGCCCCUCCACCCAGAGCGAGGGCUGCUGGUGGUCACCACACACCUGGAGGAACCGGCCCCAGACCCACAGGUGAGCGUGGUACUGCAGUGGAUCGCAGCCUCCCUGUCCAACCUUCCCUUGAUGCAGCUGGGCCAGUCACCUGACAAGGAGCUUCAGCUGCUACCGGCUGUGCUUCAGAAGGUGAAGGAGAAGGAGUGGAGGGUGGGGGAGCUCCUGCAGGCCCUCCUCCGGUACUGCGAGGAGGUGGAACCGGGCGUGGAGCCAGACCGGCACGGUGGGCAGCCCUUCUUCCAGUGGUUGCUGGAGCAAGCGUAGAUCCCUGCAUCUAAACUCCCUCUAGGUAGUGAAGUCUUAAGGUUGCCAUUAACUACAAAACUCCCUAUUACUGCGCAGCAAUGUGUUGUCUCUCUGCCUAAAACAGGGGUGCGCAACCCCCUUCCUUGAGGGCCGAGUCUCUUCCUGGAUUUCGUGUAACCUGGCUGUAGUAGAGUAACACAAUGUGCUGUAAUGUUGAUGCGCUCUGCCCAGAAUUCAGUGUUUCUGGCACGUGAUGUCUUUUUCUUGCCUUCGUUUCAGCUUCUGCCAGUAAUUAUUUAAUUAGCCCAACCAUUUAGAUGACCUUACAUCUUUAGUUAUAUUUCUUAAUGAGUUAAUGAAUGACAGCUAAAAAAAAGGAUGACUGCUGUCCCUAUAUGAAAUGUUAUACUGUGAUCUAACCUUUGAGUGAACCAGCGUUGGUCUGUAAUUAAAUAAUGAAGUUUGUAGAAGUUGGUAUGUAAUUCAAAUGCAGGAAUUGCACCCCAGGAAUGGGGUUCCCUGAGGCCUAUUUGGUGGAAUGUGUUUAGUCUCGUGCACUGCUUGGGGGUGGAUCCCCCCCCCCCACUAGGGGGAGCCGUAAAUUAAUCUGCUGUCCACUCUUGAUGUUGCAAACAGUAUGCUUUUGACUUCAAGUCGCGUUGUUGUGUGGUCAUGGCUUUUGUUCUUGCUGUUUUUCAUUUGUAACGUUUGUGUACAGUACGUAUCCACAUCCCAUCUGUGUGCGAUCAUCUGUGCACUGUGUUUUCAAGUCCUGGUCAUGUGACAUGAAAGAAAGGAGGCACCGCCUCAUGAGAGAGCGUUUCUGUCAGGGAAUCCCCAUCCCUUAAAGGAAAACUGUUACCAUUAUAUACCUCUCUUCUCCUGGCCUGGAUUCCACAUGGUCAGGAGCCAAUCCCAGAAACUACUAGUACUCCCAAAACCGUCUUGCGUGUUCGUGAAAUUUUACAUAACUGAAGGACUGUAUUAGUUACACUAAGCAAGCAUUAUGUAGACUUACAUUUCAAUUACACUGUAAGCUUUUUUUUAAGCAAAGUAAUCUAGAUUUUGAUAUAUGGGCUCAGGCUAUGUUUAGAAAAUGGAGCUGGUUUUCUUUUAGUUGUGUUCAUGUGAUGUUGAGUCUUACUGUCCAGAGCCUUUGUCUGAGCCUACAUAACACCAGUAUGAAACGGAUUCAAAAUUCUGGCCACUAAGUACCAUUUAUUUCAGUGGAUUAUUUAUCAAAUGCCGCCAUCAUAAUAGCGGUGCUUAGAUUACUGUGUAAAAUAUAGGCACAUUUCUUUGUCACUUAACAAACCAUUGUUUACAGCGCAAACAUAAUGCAGGCUAGAAAAAACCUCUUGACUGUGUUCAUUCUAUAUUUAUUGAAGUUUUUUCAUGUUAUGGGUUUUCUGAUUUUAUGUGUGAUGAAGGAUUUAUAGAUGUUUCUGAUGGCCUACCAGUAUUACAGUGGCUGGUGUUGUGGUGAUUGGCUGUUUGUGGUCUAAAGCAAGAAAACACACUAAAAGUAACUCCAAAGCAGCUUGUAUAGACAUGCUGUGUCUCCAACGGUUGUACAUGCAUAUACUAACAAAUUAUACUUCAAAAAAUUGUUUAAUAUUAUUUUUAGUUGCAACUAUUAUUCAUAGCACAUGGAACCUAAGCUGCACUCAAGGAAUGAAGUACUGGCAGAUUUGAGUUGAUUUAUUUGGGUUACUUGAAGUCUAUUUUCCACAAUUAAACAAGACUCCCAAUACUCUUUUAUUAGCCAUUGUAAAGCCAGCAGUUUGUCAGAAUUUUUUGUAAUUGUCCAACGUAUUCUUCAUCAUGCACAAACACUUAGCCAAUUGAAUACAUACACUAAAACUAAAAUAAUAUUUAAAAAACCCUAGAAAGUGAACUAUCCCCUUUCAAUCAAAAACGCAAAAACUAAGCUUCUCUUCUGUCAUAUAUACAAUGAUAAAAAUCAAUUAGUUUUUUUUAAGAAACUGUCUGAGAAAUGGUAGGUAACUGACAUCGUAUAGUAAGAAAAUGCCCAAACAAAAUUGGGGCUGUGGAGUGUAGCUCUAGUUUUGCAAUACUGAGAAUUUCUUACAUCUUCAGUGGAGACCUUGGAGAACUGAAAUCAGUAACCAAUUCAUGCCCUAGAAAAAGGUGAGGCGAGUGAACUUUAUAAUCAACUAUUUAACUGAUUAAUUAAGCACUGAGUAAUAAUGAAAAAUUCACAUAUAGGGUCAAAAUUAUUAUUAUUAUUAUUAUUAUUAUUAAUAAUAAUAAUAAUAAUAAUAAUAAUAAUAAUACUAAUAAUAAUAAUAAUUUAAUUGAAUUAUAUCCUGACCAAUGAAAUCAGUGUGGUCUCAAGUGCUGAAAGCAUGGACAGCUGGUCACUUAAAUCAAAUCAUUUGUGUCGUGAUUAUAAGAUUUUACUCGUACAAAGCUCAUGUCCGUAUGUCCCAAAGCAGCAUAAUGUUCAGCAAGGCACAAACUUGUUAUACGUGUAAAAUACCUCAAAUUGUAUAUGAUGAACUCUCUCUCUAAAUAAGGUUAGGAAAGACAGCAUCAAAUAAUUGUGUGGUCACUGUAUCACAGAGAAGUAGAGUAAAAUCUGUCAGUAUAAGCUAUUGGUAAGGGUGUAAGCUAGUAGCAAAAAGGCACUGUACUGUACACCUUGGGUUGGUAUGUGUUUGAUUUUGAGGAAGCUGCUGUUAUGCCUUUGACCCAGGUGUGUUUUCCUAAGUUUUACCAGUAAAAGUCCAGCUUGUGUUAAGUGUAAGUCUUUAUUCUCGAUGAAUAAGGAACUGCUAGGUAAAAUUUUUGAAAAGAAGUAUUUGUAAUUUGCACUGGUAAAUGCACAAGUAUUUUCUGCACGCCACAGCAAUUCCCUUGCUCAACGGCAGCCAUUGAUUGGUUCUCAGCAAAUUGAGCCACUUGUGGUAUUAAUACCAUCACUAGACAGCUGUGAUGUGUCAGUUUGUGCUUUCUCACACAGGGAACCGCCCUUACAUGGUGUCAUGUUUUUAAAGUGUAAUAUGAUUUAACCUGGCUUAUGUUCAGACAAAGUUAAACUGCAUAGUCCAUGAAGAAACCAACGCCAGAACAGUAUCUGAACAUUUCACCUGCCUUAAUAAAACCAAGGAUAGUUAACCAGUUGUUAAAUAGUGGUUCAGUUAUGCAUGCUUCCUCUGGGUAUUAUUGUCAGUGGUGUUUAUCAUUAUCAGUUAUUCUUCAAAGCCACACAAAUAUCUGUGGGACGGCCAUAACAAAGAGAAUCACAUGCAAGUUAUUUGCAAGCACAUGGACAAGGAAAGCUGCCAAAAUGUUUUACUUUAACUGAUAUUCAAACAGGUCUACAUAAAAACACAGAGUUUAUGAAAAUAUUGUGUUGAACCCAGGGCAAGUUUGAUGACUAAAUGGUAAUAGCGCUCUGGUAGUGACAAAGUAAGACUGCACAUUAAUGGAAGUAUAUUAGAAGAAUUAAUGAAAAGCUAUUUUUGAUGGUAAUGAUAUUGUGAUAUGAUGGUUUUUUUGAAUCAGCCAAAUGAACGGAGUUGUUCUCUUACAGUAUGUGUGGAGGUGUUUGCAUUCACUUUAUUUCAUGUACAUUCACGUGCAUCCCUUUCAUUCAAAAAUGACCCAAUGCUAUUUCAUGUUAUUUAAAAACCGAAUGUGUUAUAUAGAUCUGGCUCAGUAGUUAAAAGAAUAGUUAUAUUUUGUUACUUGUGCAGUGUUAGUUAUAUUCAUCCAGUUACACAUUGUAGGCAAACAACAUGUACUGUAUACUGACAUAUAUUUUUCUUGCUUACUGUAUUUGUAUAAUCUUGCCAAAUAAAAUAUUUAAUGAUUUGUGUAAGUUAUAACUGUGAGUGCACUACCUGUCCCUUAGUGAUAUUUCUCAUUAGUUUACAUAAUAUAAGCUUGAAGCACUAUAUUUGCAAAUUGUGAAAGCUGUGGCUAAAAAUAAAGCAUUUUUUUCAUGUGUA